AAAUUAACAGCAUAAGAAGAUGAAUUGGUUAGAGAACAAAUUCGUUAGAAAAUGCAUUACAUUGUAAACUGUAGGAUAAACUGAAAUCUGAUGGGUCACAGUUAUGUGUAAUGUCCAGAAGAACAAUGGUUCAUCUGACGCUGCAACAGUGAAAGAGUUGGAGAGGGUUUUGUACGGGGGUAAAAGGUUUGGCAAUCACGUGGACGAAGUUUGGCCGAACUUGUUUAUUGCGGACAUGUCAGCGGCCAACGACCGAUACGGUUUAUGGAAGCUGGGAAUCACCCAUGUCCUUAAUGUUGCACACGGAAAGGCGUACUGUCAAGGAAGUCAUGAUUUCUAUGGAUCCUCUGUGGACUAUCAUGGGGUCCCGGCUGACGAUUCUCCCUCUUUUGACCUCUCACGCUACUUUUAUGCCUCUGCUGAGUACAUAAAAAAUGCACUUGACACACCAGGAGCUAGGGUCUUUGUCCACUGUGCUGUUGGAGUGAGCCGUUCUGCGUCGCUAGUUCUAGCCUACCUAAUGAUCCAUCACCACUACUCCCUAAUGGACGCCAUUAUAAAGGUCAAAGAGCGACGGUGGAUCUUUCCAAAUAGAGGAUUUCUGAAACAGCUCUGUGCUUUGAAUAGGAAAUUACACACAAAGGCUUGAGCUGAGAACAUUAUCAAGGGAAGGUGCUGGUGCACUGCAUCAUGGGAAGGAGCCGCUCCUCAAGCUUGGUGUUGGCAUACCUCAUGCUCUACCACCACAUCCCCCUCCGUCAUGCCCUCCAGGAAGUGGUGCAGAAG